AUGCAUGGAGAGACGAAUCCUCAUCAGACGCCUGUAAUAAUUCUUCACGGUUUACUUGGAUCAAAAAGAAACUGGGAAAGUAUGUCUAAGAAAAUAGCUUAUGCGACGCAAAAGCCUACCAACGUAUCAAGUUUAAUUGCUGUUGAUAUUUCACCUGUAUCGACAGCGCGAACUCUUGACGAAUUUAUGCCUCGGUUAUUGGAUACAAUGAAAUCUAUAAACUUUCAGGGUAUCAAUGAUUUAAAUAAAGCAAAAGUUCUUGUUAAAGAAAAACUGUUACAAUCUAAAGUUAUUGACUUAAAUAGCAUGGGUUCUGUAUUGAUGAAUUUGGGAAUAAAGCCAGAUCAGUCAAUAGGAUGGAUUUGCAAUGUUGACACACUAAGUAAAUACUUCACGGAUAUUGCUACAUUUCCUGACUUAUCGGGUAUGGUGUAUAAGGGGCCGACCUUGUUCGUCGGUGGAGAAGAUUCGCAUUAUAUCCCGUAA